GCGACGCUCUCGAUUACCAUGAUUUCAUCAUCUGUGCUGUUCGUCUGCUCAGCAAGCAUGAUGAAGUGCUUGAGCAAUGCCAAAGAACUUGGACGCAUGUGAUGGUUGACGAGUUUCAGGAUACAAGCGCCAUGCAAUAUAAGUUCUUGAAGUUGAUUGCAUCGCAUGGGAGGUUGACAAUUGUGGGAGAUGAUGACCAGGAAUGACGCAGCACAGUGUGCGUAUGUGGUAGACCGCAUUAUUGUGGCAGCAAACACACAAGCGCGAGAAGAAGGCUCCACAAAACCUCCCUACGGUGCUUUUGCGAUUUUGUAUCGGAGGCAGGUGACUGGAAAGCUGUUUCAAAUCGAAUUUCGCAAGCGUGGAAUUCCUUUCAAUGUUCAUGGUGUUGCAUUCUACCGCCGAAAGAUAAUUCGGAAUGUAAUGGCAAUGCUGCGGGCAGUUCUCCCAGGAAACAAUGACCAAGCAUGCAGAAGAGUUUUUAAGUUUCUCUUUUCAGAGAAUAAGGAAGAGAGCAAGAAGGCUGUGGAAUAUGUGGAGAAAGUGGCAAGAGCAUACAACAAGAAGUUUCUAGAAGCAGCUCAGGCGAUCUUUGGAGGAAAAGUAUCUGGAACCUUCACUAAGCGACAGUUAAACCAGGGAAAAAAGACUCUUGCUGCAAUCCAAACAUUGUGUCUGCAGUCCCUGAAGGAGCAUUCUCUUUCUUCAUUUGUGGGCACUGUGACGAAGAUGAUUCCACAGAGGGCUGUAUUUGAAAGCAAGGCCGUCAUUGAUGAGAACGGUGGCAAGCUUCUGAAUGAAGACUCCGAUCCUCGCUCGGUCUUUGAUUACCUCAUGGACGACGUUGCAAGCUUCCUGGCAGAUCAUUAUGUUCCUUGCCUUCUUGGAAAUUAUGAUGCAAUGCAGCAGGGUGAUGACCAAGGGCAUUGCAAAGAUGGAGCACAAGGAGAGAUGAAGCAGACAGGUUGCAUCAACGCUGUCAGAUCGUUUGUGGACCACGUCGCCGCACGAGAAACUGAAAACUUCCGUGGCAUAGUGAGGGAUAAUCAGAACGCUGUCACACUGACCACAAUGCAUCAGUCCAAGGGCUUGGAAUGGGACAAUGUCUUUGUUGUGAAAGUCAAUGAUGGCGACGUGCCCCUACGAAGACAGGAUUUUGGAGCACCACCUGAAUCAGGAGGAUCACUUGAGGAAGAAAGACGCCUGCUGUAUGUAGCUAUGACAAGAGCUCGAUGCAAUUUGGUCUUGACAUUUGUGAUGGUUGACGAGAACCGUCAGAUCUUGCCGCGUUCUCCAUUCAUCCACGAGCUCCCGAGACAGUUGAUCAACUGGAAGCUGCUGUGCCAAUUGACAGCGAAGCAUCCAGAUCAAAGCCUGGAACAGGAAGGCAUGCGGCCCUGUGGCAAUAGCACCAAUGACAUCAAGCGUUACCAGGCUUGUCAGGACCCCAUUUCGCGCAGAGCGCCAGGGAUCACUGCUGCCCUCCCACCCAAUCAGGCUCGCUUUUCAACCGAUCAAGUCGUUGGCCAUCCGGGGGACCAAGGGACUGAUAUAAAAACUGGUUUUGAGGAUGAACAACAACGCAAAGGAGCAUUUGUCGGGCAUAUGAUCUCUUGGCAUGGAGGAGAGACGAAUGAGGAGUCGAGGAGCCGUACUGCUUCUGCACGUGAAAUACACGAGAAUGGUACACCCAAGAAGCAUCUUGGUUAUUUUGAAGAAUGCGACGAGGGAAGUGGAAGGAGUUUGCAUGCUGGGCCUGGCGCGCAUCGAGAUGGAGGUGGAGGCGGCACUGGAGAAGCAGAAAGGAUUUAUGGAUCUGAUGCAUUCCUGCAGAGGUCUGUGAGAGUCGUGUGACAACUCAAAAUCUCAAUUUCAUUGCCGUUUCUUCUUCUUCUUUUUCCUUUUUGCCUCAGAUGGCUUUUUAAUAAGUUAUUUUAUUAUUACAGCCCCAGUGCCCAAGGCAAAACUUACAACAAAUAAAACAUCAAUCA